AUGAAUCAAGACAACAACGACGUGUGUAGCGGCGAGCAAGAUCCGUUCCGCAACAUUAAAAAUCCUUUCGGCGAAGAUCGUUACCUGUUCCAAGAUGAUAGCGACGUGUACGGCGAAGAUAAAUGGGAAGAACUUUUGUCGGCUUUCAAGGUGCCAGGACAAAUACUAAUGGAGAUUUACGAUGAGAUGCGCCCUAGUCCAGGAUGGUUCGCUCAUGUGGAGGCAAUGGGCUUUCCGGAGACACAGCCCUUAGACACCUUCGGCGAAGCGAGAAUCGAUUGGGAAGACGAAGAACUGACGGACACGGAUGCGGAUACAGAUGAGGAAACGGACGACGAAAUGUUUAUGGACUACGAUGCCGACGAGGAUCCAGACGAAGAGGAUGAGGCUGAGGAUGAGGAUGAGGAUGAGGCUGAGGAUGAGGAAGAGGAAGAGGAUGAGGAAGAGGAAGAGGAAGAGGAAGAGGAAGAGGAAGAGGAAGAGGAUGAGGAUGAGGAUGAGGAAGAGGAUGAGGAUGAGGAAGAGGAUGAGGAUGAAGAUAUGGAAGAGGAAGAGGAAGAGAAUGAAGAUAUGGAAGAGGAAGAGAAUGAAGAUAUGGAAGAGGAAGAGGAAGAGAAUGAAGAUAUGGAAGAGGAAGAGAAUGAAGAUAUGGAAGAGGACACGGAAGAGGAUGAGAAAAAGGAGCCGGAAGCGGAAAAGAGACACUUUACUAAUUCCUUUAUGUGCAAGAAACCGGACUUUGAAUACACUAACCUUCAAACUGAAGUAGGCCCGAAUAUUGAAAUAGAUGUUGAUCCAUUCCAGAAUCAGCUUGCUUGGUUUAAACAUGUGAAGGUUUGCCCCGUUCAUGGACGUAUAGCCCAAAAACACUGUGCCGAUCACUAU